AAAAAACCCUCACAGCUCAGUGCAGCGCAGGCAGGUUUGCGUUUUAAAAAGCAGCAGGAGAGGCAGGAGAGUUGCGGAGUCCUGCGGGGGAAGCGGUGUCGGUGCAAGAGGAAGACCGGGGAGGAAAAGCAAUCUUCUGUGGUGGAGCUUGGAUAUGGAGGGGGUGAAGACGGUCCACCUCCUGGUUGGAGUUGUUUUAGUUUUGCAGUUCGUGGGGGAUUCAAGAGCCGAGAUCCCGACAAGUGACGGGGUCUCUUACUCAUACGUGCAGGGCCAGGCAGGGGUUGAGGAUGCAGAGGUGGACGUGAAGCCGUACAGUCACAGAUGGAGGAGAUGGCUUCCCCCAAAGCCUCGUAACAUGGACAGUAACAGGGCCAGUCAGGAGCAGGACCAGGAUCCUGAGCAGGAGGAGCCCGAGGGCUUCCCCGGCCUGCUGUCUGCAGAGGAAACAGACAACAGCUCCCAGAUAGAGGAGGACACAGAUCACAACUACUACACAUCGAAAACAUACAACCCGUCAGACGCGAUGAGCAAGGACUUGUGGGUAGACGUCGACCAGAUGGACAAGGAAAAAGUGAAGAUCCACGGGAUUCUGUCCAACACACACAGACAAGCAGCGAGAGUUAAUCUGUCCUUCGAUUUCCCUUUUUAUGGACAUUUCCUGCGUGAAAUCACCGUGGCGACUGGUGGGUUUAUCUACACAGGUGACGUGGUCCACCGGAUGCUAACGGCUACUCAAUACAUCGCUCCUCUGAUGGCAAACUUUGACCCCAGUGUUUCCAGAAACUCUACCGUCAUCUACUUUGACAACGGGACGGCUCUGGUGGUGCAAUGGGACCACGUCCACCUGCAGGACAACUACAACCUGGGAAGCUUCACCUUCCAGGCAACACUGCACAACACGGGCAGGAUUGUUUUUGCAUACAAAGAGAUCCCCAUUGAGGUGUCACAGAUCAGCUCUGUCAAUCACCCGGUGAAGGUGGGCCUGUCUGAUGCCUUUGUGGUGGUCCACAAAAUCCAACAGAUACCCAACGUUAGGCGGAGGACAAUCUACGAGUACCACCGCGUGGAGCUGACGAAGACGAAGAUCACCAACUCUACAGCCGUUGAAAUGAUGCCGCUACCCACCUGUCUCCAGUUCACCAGCUGUAGCUCCUGCAUCUCCUCGCAGAUCAACUUCAACUGCAGCUGGUGCCAUCGGCUCAACAGAUGUUCCAGUGGAUUUGAUCGCCAUCGGCAGGACUGGGUGGAUAACAGCUGCCCAGACGAGACCAAGGACAAGAUGUGUGACAUCAUGGACACCACGCAUCUCUACCCGUUCACCACAUCGACUUACUCCAAAACCACAUCCAGGGGCAAAGAGGCAACUGCAGACAGGGACACGCCCUCCACCUCCCACCCCCCCACCAGCGUCCCCACCGAAGAUGAUACCAAGAUCGCCCUGCAUCUCAGAGACAACCAGGUGAUGCCUGCAGAGAGUGCUGUAGACAGGAAGCCAGGUACACACCCUCUGCACACCGGUCUGAUCCUCGGCAUCCUCCUGGUGAUGCUCGUCAUGGUCGGCGGCGUGCUGGUCACCGUGUACAUCUACCAUCACCCGACCUCCGCAGCCAGCCUCUUCCUCAUCGAGAGACGCCCCAGCAGGUGGCCGGCCAUGAAGUUUCGCCGCGGGUCGGGCCACCCGGCCUACGCGGAGGUGGAGCCGGUGGGCCUGGAGAAGGAGGGCUUCAUCGAGUCCGAGCAGUGCUGA